CCGCACCGGCGCCGUGCCUAGUGCCCACCGCUCUCUAUUCUCUGCCUGCGCGUUUCUCCUCUCGGCUCCUCGUCCUCGCUCGGCUGCGCUCCCUCCCCCUCGCUCCCUCGCUCGUCUCAGAUCCAAACCCCCGUAUUAAAAAGCGCUCAAAGCCACCAAAACCCUAACCCUAAUCACCCCAAUUCCCCAAUCCCCGUCCCCGCAAAAACCCUAGCCCAACCCCACCUACCCAUCCCUCUCGCCGCCGCCGCCGCCGCCGCCAUGGCAGGCUCAUCCGGCGGCGCUGCGUCCUCCUCCCGUACGGCGCCCGAGAACCGAUUCUAUUACCCUCCCCAUGUGCGCCGCCAGCAGCAGCAGCAACAGCAGCGGCUGCAGGGGCAGCGGUCGCUGUCCCCGUCGCUGUCCCCGUCGCCGUCUCCGCGGUCAGCGAGGCAGAAGCCGCCGCCGCCGCCGGGGGCAGUCGCCGUGGCUGUGGCUGCGUCGGCGGAUAUAGACAGCCGGAUGGAUUCCGACGACUCCUCGUCGACGACGUCGUCGAAGCCGUCGGUGGCGUCCACGGCGACGACGACGACAAACACCGCGGGUGAACUGAAUGUGAUCACGGCGGGUGCCGCAGCGGCAGAGGAGGCAGGGAAUUUGGAGAGAUUUCUUACCUCCACGACGCCCUCAGUACCCGUACAGUACUUGUCCAAGACAAGCCUAAGGAUGCGGCGAAGUAGUGAUGCUAUGGAUUCACGGCCUUAUUUCUGCCUUGGAGAUCUUUGGGAAUCUUUCAGGGAAUGGAGUGCUUAUGGGGCCGGUGUUCCACUAGUUUUAAAUGGCAGUGACUCCGUGGUACAGUAUUAUGUGCCAUAUCUUUCUGCUAUCCAACUGUAUGCAGAUCCAUCCAGACCUACUUCAAGAAACAGGCGUCCUGGGGAUGAAAGUGAUGGGGAAUCUAUGGAUACUAGCAGUGAAAGCAGCAGUGAUAAUGAUGUUGACCGGCUACGAGUCUCAUCAGUGGAAGCUACACAUCGGCUGGAAAAUGGUGGCCUACAAAGUGAUGAUUGUGAAACUGACGCAUCUUCAAGUUUUCCAAUAUUUGAGUAUCUGGAGAGGGAUCCUCCAUAUGGUAGAGAACCGCUGACAGACAAGGUAUCAGCUCUUGCAGAUAGAUGUCCAGCUCUGAAGACAUUCAAAAGCUGUGAUCUGCUGCCAUCUAGCUGGAUGUCUGUUGCAUGGUACCCCAUAUAUAGAAUUCCUACAGGGCCAACAUUGAAGGAUCUUGAUGCCUGUUUUUUGACGUUCCAUUGUCUAGCAACACCUUGCAAGGAUUGUGACCCUUCUACGCCAGCAUGUCCUGGAUUUGGGGGAAUCAACCGCAGCGCAAAUGCAACAGGGAAACUAUCGUUGCCUACCUUUGGGCUGGCACCUUACAAAUUCCGUGCCUCCAUUUGGGCAUCUGAUGGAACCCAAGAGCGGGACCGCGUCACCUCACUGAUGCAAGAGGCUGACGGUUGGCUCCGCAGAAUACAAGUUGACCAUCCAGAUUUCCGGUUCUUCGCCACCCAUUUCAGCACGACGUGGAGAUGACUCAUGACUGUAAAUGGUUGUUAGUAUAAUGACUAUUCGCCGUCUGAACUGAACUGGCCUCAGCACAUCUUACCUGUGGCGCAUAGAGACCAAGUGCCCUUUUGAAACGGGGUUUGUACGAGUUAAAAGCCUGCAUGCUAAUCUCCAAUAAGUUGUAUGUUGUAGGUAUCUUUUGUGGGGAGGUAAAGGUGGAUGGUUGAAAAGGGAGAAUUGGAGACGUGUAGAACUGAAAGAAACAAAAAAGGAAAAAAAAUAAAGAUUUUCCAUUAGAGUUGGACAGCACGAUGUGCCUCAGUGUAUGCACGUACUACUUGAUUAUCUGAUUUGCUGUCUGAUUCACCGGAGAUGGCAAUAUGGCAUGUAAUCCCCUGCCGAUUUUGCAUUGACCAAAAACGCGCAAGCUAUUGUAGGAUGGUUUUAUAUUUGCUCUUCA